AUGGGCUCUUUCUCGUUCGGGGUGAGUGAGGUGAUCAAGGAGCCCGUGUCCGGUUGGUUCAAGUUGCUCAAUCAGGAAGAAGGUGAAUUCUAUGCCCUGCCAUGUAUCGACGAGGCCGGUGCCGCGAUUUCCGAGUUACGGAAGCGUAUGGAGGUAAAAAUAAAACUCCUAUUUGCUCUCCUUAGGUAUUAUCAUCUUCCCUUUUACCGGACGGUUGAACAGGAAGAUGUUUGUUAUUUCGUUUUCGUUUGA